AUGACAGCAAAAACAUCUCACAAAUGGGCUGAUGUGCUCAUAAAUCAAGAUUUCGACGAAUUCACCAAUGAUUCUCGUGGUGGAAAGCGAGGUGACAGCUUCUUCGAUCUCUUUCCGGAUCUGGAAUUGGAAGCCCGUCAAUUCGUGUUCGAGCAGUGCUCCAAGAAAGAAGCCUCGUUCACUGUGAGCCAUCUUCGCUUAAUAAUGCUGCUUAUUACAAUCGAACAGGUUUAAAGAAAAGUCAGUAUGAUUAGAAAUAGACGGCAUGAUUCUAGGGCGCAAAUGCUUCUCUUUAUUCAAGGUGAUUUUAACAAUUUACUAUCCAAACUUCCAGGUCUUCGAAACUCUAAGAUUCGCUCCGUUCGUACUGCUUUGGCUCUUUUUUUAUGCAAGUUGAGAUUAGGGAUCAGCCA